AUGCAGUCUAGCUGUCGUGGUGACCGGUUCUUCCUCGGCUGUCGGUACCCGCGGCUCCUGCUAACUUCCCACCUACAAAGGUUGACCACAAGACAGCACUCACUCUACCUUGCGCUACCGCGGUGUCAAGCCCCCAGCAGGUCGGGCAGCCAACAGCGAUCUUACUUCGCUCGUAUUGCCUACUACGCGUGUACAUUCUCACAGGAACGCUGUCGGCGGCCGUUCGCUGUACCGGGACCGCAACGCUCAAAGCAGCAGAGCACGGCAGAAGGCGUGCGGUUGUUGGGGUUGCGGCGUGCCCGGAAUUCUACGUACGGGCCAAGGCGUGAGACGCGCGGGGAGUUUACGAGCGAGACAUCCGACCGUGAAGGUAACGUGCGUUGCGAGGCGGGGAACUCUACGCGUUGCCGCCGCGCUCGAACGCCCGCUGUCGCCCAUGCGAUAGUAAGCGUGGGAGACCCCGACUUCCUCUUUACAAAAUCAGAGCGGGCCGUCGACGGUUCAGCGCCGCAGUGUGGCGUGUAUUCGCAGGCGGCCUCGCCGCCACUCAUCUGCCCGAAUCGAACCAAGCAGAAGCUGGAAGGGACGGGGGACGCAGGUCGACGACGCGAGGCACGGUCAGCGAUGAGGCUGCAAUCCUGUGACAGAGGUCUGUGGCGACGGCGCAUCCGGGCGGAUAUCGGCGCUUAG